AUGCCUCUUCCCCCGGCGUUACUGGCUCGCCUAGCCAAAAGAGGGAUUCUUAAGCACUCCGAUCAAGGUAUAGCAACAAACUGUUCCAAACAAUCUAAUUUAUACUCACUAAAAAUGUUAGCUAGCUGUCUAACAUCAUUCACUAACACUACCUGUCUCUAGAUGUGGAUGAGAUCAUUGCUGAGGACUAUGACGACAACUAUGUAGAUUAUGAGACCACUGCCCGUGAGAAUUUACCUCCCAACUGGUACAAAGUAUUUGACCCUAUUUGGUAAGAACUCGUUCAGAUUCUCUACUAAACGUUUAGAUUGUACAACACCCAUUGGGUAUGGCUAGUGGACAGCAGCUAUGAUGGAGUGAUUGUUUUUGCUCGUGGACUGACUAAGAUUCCAUGUAUUUUGUGUCCUCAGUGGUCUGCCAUACUACUGGAAUGUGGAAUCUGACCUGGUUGCCUGGCUGUCCCCAACCGACCCCAAAUCUAUGAUAACCAAAGCUGCCAAGAAGUUGAGGGGUAAGAAGAGUCCUAGCGUGACCACCCAGUAGGAGACAGUUGCAUGUAUUCAGACUCAAUAUUUAGGAUGGAUUUGAUUGACACUCGCUAACCCCAAUAUUCUGUGUUUGUCUUACAGCAGAGGUUGGAGAGGACAGAGAGAGACAAAUUGAAAAGUCAGACAUAGAGAGGGAGCGGGAACCAGAAAUGGAAAGAGGAAGGAAUGAUGGGAGGGAGAGAGACAGACGGAUGCAGAGGAGAGAAGACACUGCCCCCUACAGCAAGAACAAACGAGGGUAAAGAUUCAUAACCUUCCUCAGGAGGGACGUUGCAUUUCUUUCUCAAAACAAAUAUUGCAAGCAUGAACAAAUGUAAUGAAUUAUGUACACUUGCUAACAGGUUUCUGUAAACUGUAUUUUUCAGGGAGGAAGGAUGAGGAGAUGGACCCAAUGGAUCCCAGUGCUUAUUCAGAUGCUCCCAAGUAAGGCCACUGACCCAACCAUAGUGGUCAUUCAUCACUACUUUUCCUUGCACCAUAAUCUUAUAGCCAUUGUCAGAAAUCCCUGCCACUCUUUUCCCCCUGCCCUGUAUAUAUCUAAGAUUUAUUUUCCUCCACACAGGGGCAAUUGGUCCACUGGCUUGCCCAAGCGCAAUGAGGCAAAGACGGGGGCAGACACCACGGCAUCAGGGCCUUUGUUCCAGCAGCGGCCGUACCCCAGCCCUGGAGCUGUACUCAGGGCCAACGCUGCCAAUAAAAAGCCCCCCAGUGAUUAUGACGACUGACCACAGGGCUUCAAACUCUGAGGGAAACACAGAACUGUGGGCUCAUUGUCUGCUACGUUUGGAUGAAGUCUCUGAAGUUACCAUUCUAUUUUCAAUCCAUACACAACAUGGAAUUUGAGACUCUUGAUAAAGCUUAUCCGGUGAGGCGAAAACAAGUUGUCAUGUGCUUCUGUACAUGUGUAAAUAACUUGGUAUUCUUUUUGUAUUGCUCGAAUGUUACCUGUAGGCUACCUUUGUUUUCAAUGAUCAUCAGAUGAGUUGCAUUUGCUAAAUAAAUUACUCAUUUUGUUAAAAAAAUAUUUGUUUUAAA